CCGAGUCAGUACGUUCUCCGCACUUUUCCUCGCGGUCCGAAAAACCGGUCUUCUCAGUUGAUUUUUCGCGGGGUCGCACACCCCGCUUUCCAAAAACUCGAAACGGGGCCGAAAACUGGCGUGCGCAGCGACGGAGUUUCUCCCCUUUUCCGACAGCGGGAGGGGUUGAGCAACCGUUUCUGGCAAAGAAAAGAGCGAAAAGAACUGGGAAAAGAACGCAGGCCCUCGCUUCGCUUACGACAAUUCACUUGACGUGCGCGCAAAACCCCCCGCCCAGUUUUCUUCGCGAUUUUCAUGGAACCGAAAGUGCUCACAGCGGGGGGAGGGGCGAGAGGCAGGGUGCGCGCGCACCUCUCUCCGCCGUCAGAAACUGGGUCGCGACAGUGCUCUCGGUGCAGGAGCAAAGCGCCAACGAGCGAUCAACAGAAACCAGAAACUGCAGAAACACGUAGCCUGCUUUCUCCUGCUUGGCCAGAGAGGCGAAACGAGCUGCAGGUUUCAAAACAGCAGACGAGAGAAGAGAAACAGCAACACUCACAGCGGACUUCGUCGCGUUUCAGCCCAGCACGCGCGCGCGCGCCAGAAGCUGCUGCCCUCCCCAGGCGCCAAAACGAAACUAUUUCCUACGAAACCCGCGACCCGGGAGUUUUCGGGUAGACGUAAGCAGCAGAACCACGGAAGCCAGUGAGUGGAAACCGUGGCGAGGGACGCGGGUUUGGAAGAAACCGCAACGAUUUGGACGGGCGUGUCCGUCAAAAAACUCACAAAGUCGAAAAAACCAGAUCAGCAUACAACAAAAAGUCACGGAUUUCCUACAGGAAUGGAAGCCUUGGCUGGGAAUUGUCGACGUAGCCUACAGCUCGCGAUUUUCUGUGUCUCUGGUUCUCUUCCGGAGAAAAGCCUCCGUCGCGCGACACCCAGGACAGCCCAUCAGAACACGCUGGCGUGUCUCUUUCCUUAGGCAGGCUACGCACGGAACCCGCCGUUUCCGCGUUCCUCUCCGGAAAUGGAAGAGAAACAGACCGACACACGCGUCUCCGAAGUAGUUCGCCCUCAGUGCGUUUUCAUACCGGCCCCGGCCCGUCGAUCAUCGGUGUUUCCAACAACAUACAUGCCUCACACUUGCCCCAUCUGUCAGCAGGUCUGUUUCCAUGCGACCCUGCUCUAGAACGGCUGUGACGGCAGGAACACCCUCGAUAUCGUCCGCUUCGCUCCCCUUUUCCUGUCACGCGAAAAGGAAUUCGCGGAGCUGACACGCAGAAAGCUCGAACGACAGAGGUACUUCAAUUGAAAAUCGCACGCUUAAAACCCGCGAAAAGAAAGGCAGUAGGAGAAAAGAUCCUGCGACAGAGACGCAAAGAAACGACUGGUGUAGCUACGCUCCACCACGCAGUUUGCCCGCGACCCGACCACUCUUUUCCCGCACGCCGCACUUUCUCACCAACACCCGCCCUUGCCGACGGCGGGUCGGUUCCCAAAUUCCGUCCCUCCGAGUGACCCGACCGCUCCGGUUUAUGCUAUCGUGUGCAUCUCAAAAAUUCAUCGAAACGAACGGUUCUGUUCCCUGUUUUCGACGCGAAGGGUGUCGGCUGCCCGCGGCAGCGUCUGCUCCGACGUGGGAAGGUAACUGGCCUGCGAAUUUCUGCCCCUCUGUCUCCUAUAUCGCUGGUAUUCACCUCGUCUCUUCCCAAUCUACGAAGUGGACGAAACGCGUCCCGGCCCCCGCGGACAGACUACGGACGAAGCGGUCACGCGACCUCAGCUGGUGGAAACGCCACCCUGCGGAGCACCCGUACUCGGGAAACCCCCAAUAUUCCACGGCUUUCGACACAAAGUCCGUCCUGUCGGUAUCGGGGAGCACAGCGACCUCAAAAGGACGGUUAACAGAACUGUGACUGCCGACGCGAAUCGCUCACGAAGCAAUCCUCGUGGCCACACUAGCGACGCAUGCUUGGGUGCGCAGGCGAAGCACGAGGAACCCAGUCCCGCAUUGACAGGUUCCUCACGCCCACCUACGGAAGAGCUGCCGUUGUGCGGGAGCGAAUCAGCGGUGUAGAAACCGAGAAACCGUAAGCAGGAGAGAGUGGAAAUAGAAGAAGGGGAUUGCCGGAGCCGCUUACGCAGCGAUAGCAGCAGGAGCCACGAACCCGGCUGUGUGACCCUCCUGUACCGCCUAGCUGGCGGGAACAAAGGCUUCUUUCAGCGAGAAUCCCUCCCUGUAGGAAUCUUGAUGGAGACGUGUUCACCAGGGAUAGCGGGAGACUCUACAAGAAGUGUAGGGAGGUCCCGAAAGGAAGUCGCGCGGUACAGAGCCAGGUGUCCAUUUGUGCGAAGUUUAAAGUGGAAAAGGGGGUAAAAAAAAGACAAAAUAGACUAGAGCGACUGGUUGUGAGAAACAUGGGACACGAGAGCAACGAUUCUGCCCUCGAGGGUGAGUUACUGCCGCCGGUCCCGGCCGAUAUUUGCGACAGAGCGUGUCUACGGGUAGGUAUGACGCGUGGAGAGCGAUAACAGGGGACAUCCCGGGGAAGAAAUAGGAGUGAUUCCUACGGACUCCGUUGCUCUUUGUACGUUUGAGAGGGCGUGACGAUGGCGACGACGUGUGGGGCGCCAGCAGGUUGUGAGAUAGCGGCAUGAUAACAAAACGUUGCAAUCCCAAAGCGACGGAGCCGCGAAUGACUGCGAGACUUACGUUCGUUUCCUUUCUAGCAUGUAUCACUAUUUACCCGCACAAGCGGUGAACACCCCACCCACUAGCGAUCACAAAAAUAGAAAGUUGCUGGCAGUUCUUCAGUGCCGUGUUGCUCCGAACUGCGAAAGCAAUGCGUAUCAACAUGGGGCUGCUUUUGUUGUGUUGUUCCGUGCUGAAACCCGCGGGCUAGAGCUUGCGUUUCGAGUAACCCAUAUACGCUGGCUUCGCUGACGUUCUUAUCUCAGCUCACAUAUUACAUUUGACGGUAAACUCUUUAUCCCAACUGAAUCUUAUUCAAUAGCGAGGUGUAAUGAGCCGACAUCGAGGUGUAUAAACAAUCCGAGGAUUAGAACUGCAAAUAGUAUCUG